CGCGACGUCGCAGCCAUUCUCUUUUGCCAAAAGACACGAUAUGAAUCCCCAUACCGAUUGUAUGGGGAUGUUAAUUCCUUUGUUAUUUCUAACAACAAGUAAUCCUUUUCCACAGCUGGAUAAUAUAAGACGCUCGGAAUGGAAAGCUGUCAGGUGCGUGGCACAUAUCCAUGGAAACGUCCGCGGUAAUACGUACGGUACCAUCGCACGUAUGCACUUACGUGUUCGCGCAACGGUAUGCAAGAGAGCGCAGAACCCGUCUGCAUACAUCGAAAUGUUCUAGCCGGGUAUGCACACACUCAAGAUUCGAUAAUAGCGACUCGUCGAGGGUGGCCGAGGCUACGGCGUGUAGGCCUCGAGCACGACAGUCCGUGCUCAGACGUGACUCGCGACGCAACCCCUUAUUUUUUACAUUUACGCAAGUGCCUAUUCUUUUCUAUUUCCACUAUUUCAUCAUAAACUCGGGAGUGCGAGUCGUCUGAAGUAGUCAUGUUUUUAUAAAACUUCGCGAAAUCAAAUUGGGGAUUAAACUGAUUAGAACGAUGGAUAGAACGAGAGAGAGAGAAAGAGAGAGAGAGUGGAAAGAAACGAAUUAACUCGACGAUACGAUUCCAAGGAAAAAGGAGUUUUGCUCGUCGAUUCAAUGUCUCGCGGCUCUUCCGAAUGCUCAAAGACCACCUGCCGUUUCGCGAAGCGCUUAACGAGUGAGUCACUCGUCCCACCGAAGACGAACGAGAUAGAGAAAGAGUAGGAACGCUUUGGAGGAGGAUGUAGAAUGCGAGCUAGAUUGCGGUUCAGUCCGUGACGAUGAUCCAGCAGGAUGAGUCGUCGCUAAUUGGCUUCGCCCACGAGAGAAUCGAUCUUCUCGUCGGCGCUCGAUUAGCGUACCAACGUUACGAAAAUCUACUUGGUCGUUUUCAGCGCUCGUUGUCCAUCGACGACCAUUUCCUCGGCCGUCAUUCUUUUUGUUCGAUUCGUUUACGAAUAAGAAAUAAUGAAAAGGUACAAAGGACGAUCGAUGGUAAGAGUCGUGGCUUCCUAUGGGAGAAGACGUCGAUUGGCGGAGGAGGUGCCAGGACUUUACAUUCGGCGCCUGACUCUCGAGGAUCCUCGGAGCGCGAAGGAACGGUCAAGCGGUUCAAGGUCGCGCACGCCACCGCGCCAUAUCUGUCAUCCCGCCGGUCCAUACGUCUCCUCCUCCUUCUUCUCCAGUCGUGGAUCUUCCAGUUAUAGAUCGUGGCAGGAACGAAUACGUAAGGAACGACCGGCCUAUUUGACGAUCGUUUCUCUGGAGCUACCAGAAGCACCGGUACCGUUGAUCGAGUCGCUGGCAAGCGGCCGGUUGAACGAGUCAGACGUGGCUGAUCGAUCCGACGACAAGGACGACAUCCUCGACGAACUUUUGGAGAAAGUAAGCGAGCUCGGUAAGGAGAGAGCACGGGAAUCUCGCGGGAGAAAGCUCGAUACGUUUUUCAGAGAAAGAAAAAGUCGAAAGGUCGGCUCGUUGGAAUGCACGAAGGAAGUUGCCACCCUCGAGGAAUGUACGAGAAACAUUCUUCGGGCUCGCCAGGAAGGAGAGAACGAGAUGCCGUCGGGGGAAGAAGACUUUCGAGAUGUCGAGGAUUGCAUCUGUUCCGAAAUCCCAGGGAAGUUGCGUAUCAACGUAAGAAAGAAGACGGAAGUUACGAGCGCGUCGUCGAGAAGCCCGAGCCCGGUGGUGACCCACACGAUAAGAAUCGCGAUGAAGUAUCACGGACGUGCAGGACGAUGCAACGGGGAGGAGAACAAGGAGACUGGAAAAAAGGAUAGAAGAUCUCAAGGGACAAACGGAAAGAAUAUUCGGGAGAGAACGACGACGAGCGGGAUGAUUGAAAAGGGGGAUGAGUUUGUUCGGGAGGAGGGUUGUUGUACCGGUGUGAACGUAGCUUUAGAUUUCACGUUGAAUUGCAACAGCGUGCGUCUGACGUCUCGUGACAUAAGUCUCAAAGCUGAAACGAGGGACGAAGGACGCUGAGAGACGUCUAGCUAAAUCGUUAAGAUUAGCGUUUCGAACCGCUUAGUCGUGGUUCCGAUAGAUGGAUAAAAAAGAAUCGAUGACGAAAAUAUGUGAAAAUUUUUCUAUAUGAAAUUCUCUCGAUCGUCCUAAAGUCUCCGUCGACUUACGUUUAUAGAAUAGCAAAGAGAAAGAAGAAAAAGUAUAGAGGAGUUUCGGCAGAAUCUUUGGCAAAAGUAAAAGGACCGUUUCUCGUGCGAAUAACGAAAUUCGGAAUCUCCCGGAGGGCAAUAAAUCGCAAUCGCCAGUUCGAUUUCUCCGAAGAGAAGGAGGAGAAGAAGAAGGAGGAGAAGAAGAAGGAGGAGGAGAAGGAGGAGAGAAACGCACACUCGCGCACGCGCGCAGCCUAUUAAUUAGAUCGUCUAAUAAAUCGCCAGCAAGCGGACGGCGAAGUAGAAGCGCCGUUAGGCUCUUUCUCGUCGUCCUUCGGCUCUCUCUCGUGGUCCAAAGAAAGAAUCAGAAGAGGAACAAGGAGGUGGAGGAGGAUAAGAAGAA